CAGAGGAAGUGGUUAGGUUAUACUUAUAUCUGACCGUCAGGCCUCAUUGCACGAGUUUGUAUUGACAACAUUCAGCGAUGCUUGUCCAGAGACUUGUUCCGAUUUUUGUGGGUUUUACUGCUCUGACUGCAUUAAGUGAAAGCGUCCUGGCCCGCAAAAUGAUCUUCAAGACAGUCGGCAGCAGAUACAACCCGAAGGUAUUCUCCAACUUCACGGUGCAGAUCAUCAAUUCCAAACUGAAAGUAGAUACGGGCAUCAUCUCUCCCCUUAGGCAAGGAGUGAAGACGCACUUAGACUUCGAGUUCCGCCUGUCCAAGGACAGGCCCUAUCAGAUUAUAUUCCAGAACGACAUAAACUUCUGUGCCCUGAUCAAAGGGGGCCGGGAGUCGCUCUAUCGUCGCUGGUUCAAGUCCAUGCUGAAGCUGGGAAACUUUUCCACGAACUGCCCCAUCAGGAGGGGCUACUACUACCUACACGGCUGGUCGCCGGACGGAAGUCAAGUGCCCUCUUUCUUUCUUAAAGGCGACUACCGCAUAUCUGCAACAUUAUUCUACGGGAGUUUCAAGGCGAACGAUGAGAAUCCGCUUCUGGACAUAUUUAUUGAAGCCGUACUGAACCAGGUUUGAGUCAGGCCAAUUAGAUAUGUAUCUGUUCCCA